AUGCUCCAUGUGCGAUGCAAGUGUCACAAGGAGGAGAAAAUGGUAGUUUUUCGAAGGUCAGAUGUGAAGAUAAAGGGAAAGUUGUGGUAUGGUCUUUUUUAUGAAAUUUCUACUCCAAUUUCUACCAAACUAGCUCACAAAAUGGCAACAACAGUGUCUACUAUUCAUGUCGAAGUUGAUGUAUCUAAGCUUAAGUUGGAGAAUGCCAUAAACAUCAAUGAAGGUGGAUCUUUGACAGUCAAGCCUAAAAUAACUGUACUAACCAAAGAUAAAAGAAAAGGGCUUCAGCCAUCUAACAAAGAGAAAAAUAGGAUGAAAGAAAUAUAA